AUGGCGGCCCUUGCCCGCCUGCUGGAACGUCUCCUUUGGCCAGCCCGCAAGGAAGAGGAGAUGAAGGAAGAAGAGGAGGGAUGCAGGUCUCCCAACCGGCCUCAGUCCCUCCUAGACGCGCCGCGUUGCGCCCAGCGGCCGCACGGGGGUGCGGCGGCGGCGUGCGGUCUGCGCUUCGGGGCUAGCGCAGUACAGGGCUGGCGAGCACACAUGGAGGACGCUCAUUGCGCUUGCCUUGCGCUACCCGGGCUGCCCCCGGGCUGGGCUUUCUUCGCAGUCCUCGACGGCCACGGCGGGGCAAGAGCCGCCCUCUUCGGCGCGCGCCACCUGAAGGGCCAAGUACUUGAGGCGCUAGGCCCGGAGCCCAGCGAGCCCCAGGGCGUAUGCGAAGCACUGCGCCGCGCCUUUCUGAGCGCAGACGCGCGCCUGCGUGCGCUCUGGCCCCGCGGCGAGCCGGGGGGCUCCACCGCUGUGGCGUUACUCGUUUCCCCGCGCUUUCUGUACCUGGCGCACUGCGGUGACUCUCGCGCGGUGCUGAGUCGCGCCGGCGCCGUGGCCUUCAGCACCGAGGACCAUCGGCCCAUCCGUCCCCGAGAACGUGAACGCAUCCAUGACGCGGGCGGCACCAUCAGCCGUCGGCGCCUCGAGGGCUCUUUGGCAGUGUCCAGAGCACUGGGAGACUUUGCCUACAAAGAGGCUCCGGGAAGGCCCCCAGAACAGCAACUCGUUUCCGCGGAGCCUGAGGUGACCGCCCUGGCACGCCAAGCGGAGGACGAGUUCAUGCUCUUGGCUUCUGACGGCGUGUGGGACGCGAUGUCCGGGUCUGCCCUAGCGGGACUGGUGGCAUCGCGCCUCUGUUUGGGCUUGGCCCCAGAGCUUCUCUGCGCGCAGCUGUUGGACACGUGUCUUUGCAAGGGCAGCCUGGACAACAUGACCUGCCUCCUGGUCUGCUUUCCGGGGGCUCCCAGACCUUGUGAGGAGGCCGUCAGGAAGGAGGUACUGCUCGAUGCAGCCCUGGGACACAGAGUUGCAGAGCUGUGUGCCUCUGCCUCAGAGCCCCCCAGCUUGAACACAGUUUUCAGGACUCUGGCCUCUGAGGACAUCCUGGAUUUACCUCCUGGGGGAGGGCUCUACUGCAAGGCCACAGUCAUCGCUGAAGCUUAUUCUCAGUUCUGCCAGGCCUCAAGACAGCGCUGUGUGAAGGGGCAGAAAGGGGCUGAGGAACCCACUGGCGCCCAUUCAAUCUCUGCCUUGCACUUGGAGGCUUAACAGCUGUCAUCCUUUGAGGACCCUCUGCCCAGCUGGGACCUCAGCGGAAUUAAG